AUGGGCAAGGCAGGCCGAUGGACGGCACAAGAGACCUUCAGUGGAUUAUUGGACAUACUGAAGAACCGUGUGCAGCAUGAGAAUUUGGAGGUGUUGCUGCGUACACACCAGGAGCACAGUUAUGAUGUGGGGUACACGGCACAGUAUAUUCGCGAGGCCAUUGGCGGGGACAGUGAGGCGUGUCCCGCUUACUGGGCGAGCUUGAGUUCGACUGACUUGCUAAGGAAAAGCAGCUUGAAGCGGCACUUCAAUUUGUUGGUCCGAACAGUGGGGCUUUCGGUCGACCAUUCCAUGCAGCUGGAAGUAACCAGCGACCGAGUGUGCUCAGCUCUCGUCCUCUUCGAGCUGGGGUCGCAGCUGAACCUCUCCAGAAAUGUAAGACAAUAUAUGAUUCGGGACAUCGGAACGCAGGUCUGCCGCUACAUGUCUGCCGCCGCCAGACAAUCUGGGGCUCUCGCGCCCGGCCCGCACCAAGAACCGAUCUCUACGGCGGCCACUGGACCCGACAGUGUAGGCGGGAGAACGCCUGGACUCGUGGGAAGUGUAGCCGGAGGUGGUAACUCCGUACCUAGCGCAACGGGAGGCGCUGGCGCAACGGGAGGCGCUAGCACAACGGGAGGCGCUAGCGCAACGGGAGGCGCUAGCGCAACGGGAGGCGCUAGCGCAACGGGAGGCGGCUCCGCAGCUGGAGGCGCUAACUCACCAUUACCCGUAUCACGUUUACUGCCGAACAUCGCGCUGGAACAAGUUGUGCCUGCCACGCCAGUCUCGUCCGCUCUACGCAGAGGCUCACUACCUCCGCCAAGUGUUGCGGAUAUGGGAGGGGGGCGCAGCCUAUCCAAGGCAGAGCUGCUGACGACGUGGCUCACGGAUUUGGAGCUGAAAGCGGAUUGUUUGUUCUAUCUGCUUUCAGGAGCCACGGACGGGAGCGUUGCGAACCAGACGAAUGACAACCUACCAGAAAAUUUGAGGCGGAGCGUAAAUCUCGACGACGACGAGGUCGUGGACCCCGCGGAAAUGAAGAUCUUGAAGGACACUCAGCGGAUACAGGAAUCGGUACUAUGGGUCUUGUUUAAUCCCGCGCUGUCCUUUCAUGCGAUGCUAUCCUUUUUUGAAUCCAUGGAAGAUAUCGCCAGCAAUCUCCAUAACUUUUGUAGCAAAGUAUCCAAGGAUAUCAGCCACUCAAGAGGAGCUAUGCAGGACCUCAUUUCAAGCGUUUUAAUGACAUUGUCGCUCAUCGAUCGCACGUUUCUUCUACCCACCGACGCACCUUUGCUGACCACGAGUCUCGAGUCGAUUGCACAACCCUCAUGGGGUAAGAACGACUACUGGCUCUCGAGACUUUGGCAAAACAGCAUCAAGGACAUGCUUCUCACUCCUACUGGGCCUGGAGGGGCUUUAGUGACGGGUCACAACAUUACUAUCAACGGGCCAGGUGCUGGCCUGCUCAGAUUCAUGAAUGCGCCAGUUCUGGCCCCAGAGACAAAGGAGGCGCUCAUUUGCGUGCUCUUUCAGAUAACAGAUACGGUGCGCACACACGUGUGCGAAACAUUUGCGCUGCCAGAAUUUGGGAUCGGACCUGCAAAAAAUGGGCUCUUGAACUGUCAUCCUCGAGACCUUGGCAAGUGCACCGAAAAAAUCAAACACGCCUUUGUACUAGCCAGACUUUUAGGCUGCGUGAUACAAAUCUGCCUAAGCCGCUCGCAAAACACUGCUGAGGUUGCUGCCAGGCUCUUCAAAACGGUGGGUGCGAGCGUCAGAGAACUGCUGCCAUUGUACGAGCAUGUUUGUGUUGCUGUCGAAACCGCUCUGUCCACGUGGCCCUGGGGCUCCGACAAUGCAAAGGUUGUUCACCAACGGUCUCUCCUCUACCGGGCCGGUGGAGGCCGACCUGCCGGGCUCGGCCUCGGGGACGGAGAGAAGUUGCGUAUGCCCUGGCCCGAAGCCAUCACGGACGUUGUUUUGAUGUGUGAAAUGAGUCAGCCAAACGAGACCUUUCACCAAGACGCAGCCGAGGACGAUUCAGCUGACCCGAGAAUGACAGGAGAAAUCCGCCAAACGGCGAAGGGAACAGAUCAGGGAGAGAAAGAAGAAGGAAAUGAUAUAACUUGCCCACUAGACACUUGCUCUCUAGGCACAUUCAUUCGACCGGAACUGGUUUCCAGGUAUUUCCAUCGCGUUGGAGGGACGCCCACGGUAUCGGUCUGGGUGCGACGAGUGUACGACUGCCAGAGAGACACCACUUCUACGUCCUGUGGCGACUUAAGCUUGUUGUCCACGAGACCUAUUACUAGCUUGGGAAAUGCUGGCUCUCUUCUGGAGUCUCUGAGCACGGGAGGGUACCGAGGGGCGUAUUUGGUGCAGGGCUGUGACAGAGACGUCAGCCAGACCAACCAAGCGCUCGGGCUCAUAAAUGUGCAAGCCCAAGGGCCCGCUGACAGCACCUCACCCGGCACCUCACUAGGCACCUCGCCCACCGCCGACAGCCCAGCAGCCGGUCCCGGUGCGGGAUACAGUCCGAGUGCGGCCAGGCGGAGCCCGGCCGAUCCAAAUGCAACCAGUGCAAGUGCAGGCAGUCCGACUGCGGCCAGUCCAAGUGCGGCCAGCCCAAGUGCAGCCAGUCGUCGGUCGGCGUCGCCAUCCGCAGGGGGUCCGGCGUUGUUGGUGGUUGGUGGCGCUUACGCGUUGGCGGCGGAGAGGUUUGUGUUGUGUCCACCGGCGCCGACCCAGGUGAAGAACUGGUUGCAGCGUUACCACCCGGGACCGGUGUCUGCGGAGGAGUUGGAAAGCCGGAACGGUUGUCAGCGACAGUGGUUGGCUGCGGUGUUGGAGUUGCACGAGGCGACGGCGUCUGCGGCGCUGAGGGCGUGUGAGGCGUGUGUCGACCCGGGCAUUAAGAAGAUCGUGAACGAACACGUGCGCGUCUACCAUAACAGUUUAUUCCGGAAGGUGUACAGCACGUUGUUGCCGUUUGAGUUGCCGCAGAUGCUGCUCCGGCGGCUGCGCGCGACCUCGACCAUUCCCUUCCAGACCGCAUUCGGUUCCCAGGUGAAGACGGCGGAGACGCGUGUACCGCUGCAGCGCCUGCUCUGCUCCGGCGCGCAGGGCCGCGGCGCUUCCGCGACCGUGCCGAACCUCUCGCUGUUGGCCGCCGACGCUGAACUACACUGCGCCUCACGCGCUAAGACGGACCUCGAAUUGCCGGUUAGCGCACCUACACUUUCUUACCUGGACCGCAGACCCGACGUCGACCAACCCACCGACGCCCUCACCGUGCCCAGUGUGGUCGGUAGCGACUGGCGCAUUUUUGACGACUGCGGCCAGGGUGGCGCGGAGGGCGCCACAGAGGGUGGCGCAGAGGGCGCCGCAGAGGGUCCUGUGCCGAGUCGCGUGUCGAGUCGCGGGUCAAGUCUCGGGAAUGUGUCGAGAAUGGUGGCGUUGGCGGGCCUGAGCGGGACGAUGUUGCUGGAGGGCAUGGCGCUGCAGGCGGCGUUCCCGUGCCGGAUUCCGGUGACGAGUCUGUCUACGGAGUUGUUUGCGACGGUGUGUUGUGCGCUGUUGCGGCAAUACCUGCGAUUGUUGCCUUCGCUGGCGGUGUAUCGUGGUGGGCAGAUGGUGGCGAUGGUGGAAACGAUGCUGAAGGGACUGAAGGCGGUGCUGGACCACUGCGCCUCCCUGGGACGCAGUCUGGCUACGGACCUGCACCGUGUGGUGGCCGAGGGUCGUGCCGUGGUGCGUUUCCUGCAGAGUCUGCGCCGCACGGACUCAUUCGCGACCGGGCUUCGAACCGAUUCGGCGGCGAAUCUGUUGCGGACGCACAGCACGGGGAGCGUGGCGCGUGCGGGUCAGCUGUUGCAUCGUUCGCGAUCUAAGGACAGCAGUGCGGCGUCGCGGCUGCCGACGUUGCGGACGCGCGAAGGCAGCAAGGACGGGUUGCGGAGUCGCGACGGGUUGCGGAGCACGGACAGUGCAGUGGGGGGAGCGGAGACGUGGGUGGAGGUGCGAGAGUUGCCGAGUCUGACACUCUUUGCUUACCCGCAGCUGCCGUUGCGUGUGCACGCUUUCCUCACGGUGAACACGGUGCCUGGUUUGAAGGCGGUGGACGACGCGACGCACUGUUGGGCUUCGCCGAUGCUGCAGCCGC